AUGGCGAAAUUAUUGAAGAAGCCGCUGAAGUUGGCUUUAGUCCAAUUGGCGACAGGCGCUGACAAGGCUGCUAAUCUCGCACGAGCGAGAUCCAAGGUGCUUGAGGCCUCGUCGCAAGGAGCGAACGUUGUGGUCCUGCCCGAGUGUUUUAACUCGCCAUACGGCACCAAGUACUUCCCGAAGUACGCAGAAACCCUUUUGCCCUCACCACCUUCGCAAGAGCAAUCGCCUUCUUUCCACGCGCUCUCCGCUCUUGCCAAAGAAGCCAAAGCCUACCUGAUCGGCGGGAGCAUCCCAGAAUACGGUGAAGAGACAAAGAAAUACUACAACACUUCUUUGACGUUCGAUCCGAAUGGUAAAUUGCUCGCAACCCAUCGUAAAGUUCAUCUGUUCGACAUAGACAUCCCGGGAAAGAUUACAUUCAAGGAGAGCGAUGCACUCUCGCCUGGCAACAAGGUCACCAUCGUCGAUCUGCCCGAGUACGGUAAGAUUGCAGUUGCGAUCUGUUAUGAUGUGCGCUUCCCGGAAUUGGCAAUGAUUGCAGCGAGGAAGGGCUGUUUCUUGCUCGUUUACCCUGGCGCGUUCAACCUCACAACUGGUGAGCUGCAUUGGGAAUUGCAAGCGCGAGCAAGAGCCAUGGACAAUCAGAUCUACGUAGGGCUGUGCAGUCCUGCUCGAGACAUGAGUGCGGACUAUCAUGCCUGGGGUCACUCGAUCAUUGUGGACCCCAUGGCGGCAGUACAGGCUCAGCUCGAUGAGCAGGAAGGCAUUGCAUAUGCGGAAAUUGAUGACAAAAAGAUUGAGGAGACGAGGAAAGGAAUUCCAAUUUACACACAACGAAGAUUUGAUGUGUACCCUGACGUCAGCGAAGGCAAGGUCAAAUAUGAUGAAUGA